CCGAGGGGGGGAGUCACUUUAAAGGCUCUUUCUUACCCAUAAUGCUUUGUGGGGACGUUGACAAGUGGAUCCAAGAUGGCGUAGAAAGUAAUGACAGGAAUUGGAUGAAGUAAUUGAUCACUAAAGAACUACAGUGCUGGUGAGAUGUGUAAGAAAUUAUAAAGAGCUCUGAUGGGCUAUUUGGGUGAUACCCAGUGCAGUGAACUGCAGGAUUUUUGUCCCUGAGUCAUGGAAGACAGAAGAGCUGAGAAGUCAUGUGAACAAGCAUGUGAAUCACUUAAGAGGCAGGACUAUGAAAUGGCCCUCAAGCACUGCACAGAGGCCCUCCUUUCUCUUGGCCAGUACUCCAUGGCCGACUGUACAGGGCCAUGUCCACUGGAGAUAGAAAGCAUCAAAAUCGAGAGUCUUCUUUACAGAAUUGCCUCAUUUUUGCAACUGAAAAACUAUGGGCAAGCUGAUGAAGACUGUAGGCAUGUGUUGGGAGAAGGACUGGCCAAGGGAGAUGGUGCCUUCCAGGCGGUGCUUUGCUGCAUGCAGCUUAAAGGGAAGCUUCAACCUGUAUCCAGCAUUCUUGCCAAGUCUCUGACAGGAGAGUCCCUGAAUGGGAUGGUAACAAAAGAUUUGACAAGACUAAAAACACUUCUCACAGAAACAGAGACAGCAACUAGUAACGUCCUCUCUGGAUAUCAUGUGGAAGACAUAGACGAGGGAUCUUGUAAUGGUUGGCAUUUCCGCCCACCACCUAGGGGAAUCACAAGCAGCGAGGAAUAUACUUUGUGUAAAAGAUUUUUAGAGCAAGGAAUCUGUAGGUAUGGUGCCCAGUGUACUUCAGCACAUUCCCAGGAAGAACUAGCAGAAUGGCAGAAAAGAUAUGCUUCACGGUUGAUAAAAUUGAAACAGCAGAAUGAGAAUAAACAGCUCUCAGGCAGUUACAUGGAAACCUUGAUAGAAAAGUGGAUGAAUUCAUUAUCUCCUGAGAAAGUGCUUAGUGAAUGCAUAGAAGGAGUAGAGGUAGAGCAUAAUCCUGACCUGUCCGUUACUGUCAACACCAAAAAAUCCCACCAGACAUGGACCUUUGCUCUUACUUGUAAGCCUGCAAGAAUGCUGUAUCGUGUAGCAUUGCUUUAUGAUGCUCAUCGUCCUCAUUUUAGUAUCAUUGCAAUAUCUGCCGGAGAUAGUACUACCCAGGUAUCACAAGAAGUCCCAGAAAACUGUCAAGAAUGGAUAGGAGGAAAGAUGGCCCAAAAUGGAUUAGAUCAUUACGUGUAUAAAGUCGGGAUAGCAUUUAACACAGAAAUAUUUGGAACUUUUCGCCAAACCAUAGUUUUCGACUUUGGAUUGGAACCAGUACUCAUGCAAAGAGUAAUGAUUGAUGCAGCUUCUACAGAAGAUCUUGAGUACCUGAUGCAUGCAAAGCAACAAUUAGUAACCACAGCUAAGCGUUGGGAUUCUUCUUCUAAGACUAUUAUAGAUUUUGAACCUAAUGAAACUACUGAUUUGGAGAAGAGCCUUCUUAUCAGAUACCAAAUUCCUCUCUCUGCUGACCAGCUAUUUACCCAGUCUGUUUUAGACAAAUCAUUGACCAAGACCAACUAUCAGUCACGGUUGCAUGACCUUCUUUAUAUUGAGGAGAUCGCCCAGUAUAAGGAAGUCAGCAAGUUCAACCUUAAAGUGCAAUUGCAGAUUCUAGCAAGCUUCAUGCUCACUGGAGUUUCUGGAGGUGCAAAGUAUGCUCAGAAUGGACAACUUUUUGGUCGCUUUAAGCUUACUGAAACACUUUCUGAAGAUACUUUGGCUGGACGGCUGGUGAUGACCAAAGUCAAUGCUGUUUAUUUAUUACCAGUUCCUAAAGAGAAGUUAGUACAGACCCAGGGAACCAAAGAGAAGGUUUAUGAAGCUACUAUUGAGGAAAAAACAAAAGAAUAUAUAUUUUUAAGGAUAUCCAGGGAAUGCUGUGAGGAACUUAAUCUUCGGCCUGAUCAUGACACACAGGUCGAACUUCAGUUUCAACUAAAUCGAUUACCCCUCUGUGAAAUGCAUUAUGCGCUAGACAGGAUCAAGGAUAAUGGGGUUUUGUUUCCAGACAUUACAAUGACUCCAACCAUACCUUGGAGUCCCAACAGACAGUGGGAUGAGCAGUUGGAUCCUCGGCUAAACGCAAAACAGAAAGAGGCUGUUCUGGCCAUUACAACUCCGCUUUCAAUACAGCUGCCUCCUGUUCUCAUAAUCGGACCCUAUGGGACAGGCAAAACAUUCACUCUAGCUCAGGCCGUCAAGCACAUACUCCAGCAACAGGAGACGAGCAGGAUUCUCAUUUGCACCCAUUCUAAUAGUGCUGCUGAUCUCUACAUAAAGGAUUAUUUACAUCCAUAUGUAGAAGCAGGCAAUCCCCAGGCAAGACCUCUCAGGGUAUAUUUCAGAAAUCGCUGGGUAAAGACUGUCCACCCAGUCGUGCAUCAGUACUGUUUGAUCUCAAGCGCACAUUCCACCUUUCAGAUGCCACAGAAAGAAGAUAUUCUUAAACACCGAGUGGUUGUUGUUACAUUGAAUACUUCUCAGUACCUCUGUCAGUUGGAUCUUGAACCUGGGUUUUUUACACACAUUCUGUUAGAUGAGGCUGCCCAGGCCAUGGAGUGUGAAACCAUUAUGCCUCUAGCAUUAGCAACUAAAAACACUCGGAUUGUCCUGGCUGGUGACCACAUGCAGCUCAGUCCUUUUGUUUACAGCGAGUUUGCCAGGGAGAGAAACCUUCAUGUUUCAUUACUUGAUCGACUCUAUGAGCAUUACCCUGCCGAGUUUCCUUGUAGGAUCCUCCUGUGUGAGAACUACCGCUCGCAUGAAGCUAUCAUCAAUUACACCUCUGAACUCUUCUAUGAGGGCAAACUGAUGGCCAGUGGAAAGCAGCCAGCACACAAGGAUUUCUACCCCCUCACUUUCUUUACAGCACGGGGGGAAGAUGUACAGGAAAAAAAUAGCACAGCUUUUUAUAAUAAUGCAGAGGUAUUUGAAGUGGUGGAACGUGUGGAAGAGUUAAGACGGAAGUGGCCAGUAGCGUGGGGGAAGUUGGAUGAUGGCAGUAUCGGUGUGGUGACUCCAUAUGCUGAUCAAGUGUUCAGGAUACGUGCCGAACUUCGAAAAAAGAGAUUGUCUGAUGUUAAUGUAGAAAGGGUGCUAAAUGUUCAAGGAAAGCAAUUCAGAGUUUUGUUUCUUAGCACAGUACGUACAAGGCAUACUUGUAAACAUAAACAGACACCAAUUAAAAAGAAAGAGCAACUGCUGGAAGAUUCCACAGAGGACUUAGAUUAUGGUUUUUUGUCUAACUACAAGCUUCUCAAUACUGCCAUCACAAGAGCACAAUCCCUGGUUGCUGUGGUGGGUGAUCCCAUUGCUCUGUGCUCUAUUGGAAGAUGCAGGAAAUUUUGGGAGCGGUUUAUUGCCCUGUGUCAUGAAAAUAAUAGCCUACACGGAAUCACUUUUGAACAGAUCAAAGCUCAGCUCGAGGCUUUGGAAUUAAAGAAGACAUAUGUGUUGAAUCCACUGGCACCUGAAUUUAUCCCCCGGGCCCUAAGAGUGCAGCAUACAGGAAAUGCCACCAAAUUGCAGCAGUCACCCCCCAAGGGGAAAAGCCUCCACCAUACCCAGAAUGAUCAUUUCCAGAAUGAUGGAAUUGUUCAGCCCAAUCCUUCUGUACUUAUUGGCAAUCCUAUUAGAGCAUAUACUCCUCCACCCCCCCUUGGACCUCACCCAAAUUUGGGGAAAUCUCCAAGCCCUGUUCAAAGAAUAGAUCCUCACACUGGGACAAGUAUUCUUUACGUACCUGCUGUCUAUGGAGGGAAUGUAGUUAUGUCGGUGCCUUUACCUGUACCAUGGACAGGAUACCAGGGUAGGUUUGCAGUUGAUCCUCGAAUCAUUACACACCAGGCAGCGAUGGCCUACAACAUGAACCUCUUACAGACACAUGGACGGGGCUCUCCCAUACCUUACGGCCUUGGGCAUCAUCCGCCUGUCAGCAUAGGGCAGCCACAAAACCAGCAUCAGGAGAAGGAUCAACAUGAGCAAAGUCGAAAUGGUAAAAGUGAUACAAAUAAUCCUGGACCUGAAAUUAAUAAGAUUCGAACACCAGAGAAAAAGCCUACAGAAUCAAAACAGAUUGAUCUGGAAUCAAAUCCACAGAACAGAAGUCCUGAAUCCCGUCCUGGUGUUGUUUAUCCCAAUACCAAAUUUCAUCGCAAAGAUAAUCUCAACCCAAGACACAUAAAUCUUCCUCUUCCUGCUCCCCCUGCACAGUAUGCAAUCCCCAGUCGUCACUUUCAUCCCCUUCCCCAGCUACCAAGACCACCAUUUCCAAUCCCACAGCAGCACGCCUUGUUAAAUCAGCAGCAGAAUAAUUUGCCUGAACAACCAAAUCAAAUGCCACCCCAGCCAAAUCAGGUAGUCCAGCAGCAGAAUCCGCUGAACCAGCUGACUCAGCAGCCACCUCCUCAGCUUUCUCCUGCCUAUCAGGCCAGCCCCAACAGCGCUUUUUUUAAUAAUGCAGUUUCUCACCGACCCCAGUCCCCUCCUGCGGAGCCUGGGGUUCCUGAGCAGCAGCCCCCUCCCAUGCUGCAGGAGGGCCACAGUCCUCUGCGAGCCAUCGCGCAGCCCGGCCCCCUUCUUCCUUCACACCUGAAUAACUUCGCUGAUGAGAACCCCCCAGGAUUGCCUAUAGGGGAGGCUUUAGAUCGCAUGCAUGGCAGUGUAGCUCUGGAAACAUUAAGGCAGCAGCAAGUACGGUUACAGCAGUGGAAUGAGCAUCAUGCCUAUCUCAGUCAGGGCAGCAUUCCUUACCCACACCAUCACCACCCUCAUCCUCACCUCCAGCAUCUUCCCCAGCCUCCCAUUGGGUUACAUCAGCCACCAGUGAGAGCAGACUGGAAGCUCCCCAGCAGUGCCGAAGAGGAAGCGGAAACAACAGACUCGAGGUUUCAAGAUUUAAUCAGAGAACUGUCUAAUCGUGAUCAAAGUGAAACACGGGAACUAGCUGAAAUGCCACCACCUCAAUCAAGGCUUUUGCAAUAUAGACAAAUUCAAACUAGGAGCCCACCAGCAGUCCCAUCACCCCCAUCCAGUACAGACCACAGUUCCCACUUUUCUAACUUUAAUGACAGCAGCAGAGACGUUGAAGUAGCCAACAACCCAGCAUUUCCUCAGCGCCUACCACCCCAGAUGUUCAGCUCGCCUUUCUCGUUGCCAUCCGAACACCUCGCCCCUCCUCCCUUGAAAUACCUGGCACCUGAUGGAGCAUGGACUUUUGCUAACCUACAACAGAAUCACCUAAUGGGGCCGGGUUUUCCCUACGGCCUACCUCCAUUGCCUCACAGGCCACCGCAAAACCCUUUUGUACAAAUACAGAAUCAUCAACAUGCUAUUGGUCAAGAGCCAUUUCACCCAUUGUCAUCUCGAACAGUAUCAUCUUCUUCGCUCCCUAGCUUAGAAGAGUAUGAACCCCGAGGACCUGGUCGGCCCUUGUACCAAAGAAGAAUCUCAUCUAGCUCAGUCCAGCCUUGUUCUGAAGAAGUAAGCACUCCUCAAGACAGUCUUGCUCAGUGCAAAGAGCUUCAGGACCAUAAUAACCAAUCUUCUUUCAACUUUUCCUCCCCGGAGUCCUGGGUAAACACCACCUCAUCCACCCCCUACCAGAACAUUCCGUGCAAUGGAUCCAGCAGGACAGCUCAGCCCAGAGAGUUGAUAGCUCCGCCCAAGACCAUCAAACCCCCUGAGGAUCAUCUGAAGCCUGAAAACCUCGAGGUGUCCAGUUCCUUCAAUUAUAAUGUGCUGCAGCACCUCGGCCAGUUCCCCCCACUCAUGCCCAACAAGCAGAUCGCGGAGUCCGUCAACAGCAGCAGCCAGCAGAGCUCUGGAGGCAGCAAGCCCACCAUGUCCUACGCCAGCGCUCUGCGGGCUCCCCCCAAGCCCAGGCCCCCGCCAGAGCAGGCCAAGAAGAGCAGCGACCCUCUGUCUCUGUUCCAGGAACUCAGCCUGGGGAGCUCAUCGGGCAGCAAUGGCUUUUACUCCUAUUUUAAAUAAUCACUUUUUUUUCCUCCAAGGGAGAAUGUUUUAAUUUCUGUUUGUAUCAAUAGAAUUAAGAUAGCUGGACUUCACCUAUAGAUGCACAGUUCCCUUUGUUUUAAUAUUAAAUAUGUUUUCACUUAAUUGCUUUGCUGCUAGACUUGCAACUAAUUUUUUUAAAGUAUAUUCCAUUAUUUUGCAUUUUUGAUGUCAGUCGGAAUUUUGACAGCUUUUAUGUAGAAUAAAAAAAUAUUUUUAAAUUUGUGUAUUGUUACAUAUGUUUGCAUCAAGCUAGCAGCUAAGAGGUUAAUUGUGCAACUAUUAAAAAAAGAGAAAAAAAGUUUGUCUAAAAUGUAUUUAAAAAGAAAAAAAAUUGUAAGUAGCAUUUACAUUUAUUCAAUAAUAUUACCAUAUGCUGGGUUUCUGUACCAGAAAUGGCCAGUUGAUGUACAAAUGUAUGUUAUUUUUGCUUAAAUUCAUUUAAAAUUUUUUAAAAUAAAGGGGCAGCAUCUUCUAAAUACUUUUAAGUUUUAUCAGCUUUUUUUUUUUUGGUGACAAGAUGCUGCAUUCUAAAACUUUUAUAGUUUUAGACUACGUAUGAUGUGCUGUUGUAAUCUCCAUCCACUGUAGGAUAGAGUUAAAGGCAUUCUUUGCAGGUGUAUUUUGUAUGCCAUUGUUUUUUGUAACGUGAAAAAAAACAUUGGCAUACGUAGUUAUUUUUUUGGACAAGCUGUACUUCAAGCUUGUUUUUAAUGUUAAUUUGGUAGUGUGUGUGUUUUUUUUUUUUUUUUUAACAAAUCAUGAAGCUGAAAAAUUUUUAGGAUUGUUGGUGCUUAGUAGACUUGAUAACUCUUUUAAAAAUGCGUGGAUUUAGUAAAAUCUUUUUUUCCUCACUAUGCAUGUGUAAAUGUUUGUAAUCUGGCUUCUCCCCUCCCCAGUGGUAUAAAGAGUUGUGCCGCUUUAGGUUUCUUUUCCCUCCAGUAAAAAUUCUGGUACCUUAUUUGAUGUUUACAUUAAAAUGUGACAUUAUCCAUGGCAGUUCAAAUAUUUUGCUAACUGUUUUGUUUGAGGAACAUCAUUAAAGAAGAACUAUAAUGUUUGUCAAAGAUGUAUCAAAAUUCAUCAAAAUCUGGGGCAAAAAAAAAAAAAAAAAGCUACCCUUGUUUUUCAUGUCUUUCGAUUCUCCUAAAAGAACCCCCUGAACUUGUACAAAAAUAUAAAAUUUAAACAGCUAUCUUAAAUAUUCUACCGUCUAAAAAUUGUUUUGAAUGAACUUUGGUAAAAUCCAAAGGAAAACGUUUACCCUCUUACCACUUGUGAUCUUGUAACACUUUGGAAGUGAUGCAUGUCCUUAUUGUUUUCCUGAUCUGGUAGUACUACUUUUAUACUUGAGAUAUCUUGAAACUACAAUAUAACCUUUUUUAAAAAGAAAAAGGAAAAGAAGAUAAGGUGGGGAGACAUUGCAAAUCCUGAAUGGGUCCUGAGGAUCUAUUCAAAAAUAGUUUUUCUGGAAGGCUGCUUUUGACUAGGCCAUCCUGUAUUCGCAGUCCCCUUUUAAAAUAGAGUCAAAACGUGGAGGGGGAAGAAAAACUUUCACGACCGACGGGAGGUUAGCUGGUGUUGGCCAGCAGCCGGCCCCCCUGUAAUCCUUAGACAGUUCAGGAGACGAGCGUGCCUUUAGUUGGAGGCUGUCAAGCGGCAGGACAAACGAAGGGCACCUCUUUGACUCCGUUCUGUCUUUCUGCUCAGAGUGCGGUGCGUUUGUAUGUGGCGUCACGUUACAGGCUGCGGGUCUCUGGGUCAGGGGACAGACGUGUUAACGCUUAGAAUACAUCACAGCUGGAAAAUGGAGCCAGCACGCUGCAGCACCCCGUUUUCUCUGCAUGAUGUCAGGUCACCACAUUGUUAGGCCAUGGCAAGUUUUACUCAACAUGCUUGAGUCCCAGGAAGAAAAAAUGCUGCCGUAUCGCUGUGUAUUUCUGACUCUGUGACAAAACUCAAGAUGUAGCCCAAAUGAAAAUGAGAUUCUCCACCCACACGUCCCUCCCCCCCCACACCCCCCACCCCGACCCCCUGCCCCGGGCCAUGUGAGGAUGUCUGUGAAGAAGAAUGUUCUCGGCCGUGAUUCUUUUCCCCCACAGAUAAACAGGACUUCAACACAAGCCAGAUGAAUGUUCAAAAGCAUGUUGACCUUAGGAAGGCAGGACUGUCACAUCAGGGCUGUCAGUUAAUCCCUUGUCAUGAAGUAGUUGCCUAAUUCUCUGUUUUCCAUACUUGAACCUUGAAAAAAACUGUUAGUUUUUAAAUUAUUUAUAUUUAUGUUUAGUUGAAGUCAUGUGCACACCCCCACCACCUGGUAUAGAUAUACUGAUGAUGGAAGCUGUUAGGUUGUUGUGACAUCACUGUUCUAAGCAGUCAUUUCUAAAAACUAAAAAUCAUAGCUACUUAGUAUUAGUCCACUGUUCUGCUGUGAGUGUCAGAAUGUUCCUCAUGUCCUUAUUAUUUCUACAGCUGGUCAAGGAUUCAAAUGUUUCCAUCGAAUACUCUUAGAUUUGGUUUCCAAUGUGCGUUUCAGCCUGUAACAAGCUUACUCUUUCUCAGCAUUACUUAAUGCCGUCUUUCCACCCGUUCUUUAAAUGUUAUUUAUGCAUAAUAUCUUGUAAUGGUUUGGGGGAAGUCUUACCACAAGAAUCAUUGGAAGUUUCCAUUGAAACGAGGCAUGGCUUCUGAGUACCAUUCAUGCUAUUCCGGUGUUACUUGGGUAGUAUUAGCAAGUGCCCACAAGUCAGACCUAUGAAUCAGCCUAACAUUCGGCCCUCCAUAUCUGUGGGUGCCAUGCCCAUGGAUUCGACAAAGCGCAAAGAUAUUUUUUUGAAAUUCCAGAAAGUUCCAAAAAGGUGAACUUGACUUUGCCGUGCACUGGCAACUAUUUACAUAGCAUUUAUAUUGUGUUAGGUGUUAUAAGUAAUCUAGAGAUGAUUUAAAGUAUAUGGGAGGAUGUGCAAAUGUAAUAUGCAAAUACUGUGUCAUUUUAUAUAAGGGAGUUAAACAUCCUUGGAUUUGGGGGGUCCUGGAACCAAUCCCCUGCAGAUACUGAGGGACAACUAUAUUUUAUAUUCUAGGUUCGACCUUAGAGUUCAGGUGGAACUCUUUUUUUUUUUUUUUUUUUUUUUUUUAAAGAAAGUUUGAUGUUAGCUCUUGGAUAAUACCAAGUAUUACCAACUUCCUUUUCUUCCAAGACAAAUUUCUUCUAAGUGAGGUUAAUUGUUCACAUGAUAUCUUUUUUUCUUUCUUUGUUCUUUGUAUCACUCUGAAGUUUUCUUUUUCUUGCCAGAACUAUUUUUUAUUCAUUUUAGUUUUUAAUUUCAGUGCCACUGAGAUGUUCUUUUCUUUUUCACCUUAAAGAAAUUCUUUUGGAUGAUAAAAUCUGUAGCGUUUUCAUGCAAAAAUUUUUUUCCUGACCUAAAAAUGAAUUUCUGUUAAGAUUUGAAGAGCCUCAUUCAGUGUACCAUGGAUAUUUUGGUGUAUUUUUAAAAGGGGUUUUGGCUGCCAUUUUGGCAUGUGCUUUGCCAAAUUGUUACAGCAGAGCUUUGUUUUUGAUUAAUCAGUGGUUAAUUAUUGACCAUUUAAACUAACAUGACCUUAAUUUUCCUUUCCUCAGACAGAUAUGCUCUCUAUCCAGGUCAUUUUGUAUGUAUGCGAUAAACUGCUUUGUGUAUUUCUUUCAUCAGAGGUUCUAGAAUAAGUUUGGGUUUGAUGUAAACAUCGACUGGUCUUUCCAGUUCAAAGAAUUGCAGAAUAAGUAAAAUAAGCAGAAUUCCCACUGAAUAAGCAUUACCUAAUUAAAUAUAGCAGUCUCCAAGACCUAUUUGUGAAAGAAUAGUUUCCUUGUUAAUGGAGGCAUUGAAAUUGCUGUGAAAGCUAACUCAAUUUCCUAACUGGAGGUAAUUAAUAUAUAGUAUUAUCUUGCUCUAGUGUAGUCAAUUUUACUUGUUUACUAUUUUCCAUGUAUAUACAUCUCAAGAGCAAAGUUAUAAACAUAUAAGAGUAUAUCUCUAGCCACCUUGCCUACAAGCCAGGGUGUGAAAAUCAAUUUCAAGAUGAAUUUUAGAUUUCAACUAUGGUUAUUAAGAAAAUUAGAUUUACUAAUAACAUCGUUGUUUUAAGAAGAGACAUUUGUUAUCCUAAGCAUUGUUUCAUAUUGGAGUUGUUUUCAAAAAGGCAACCCACAAAAAGCCUGUAAAAAUACAAGAUUAAAAAUUUAAAUAUAUGGAAAGAUACAAAUUGCUGCCUUAAAUAUUAUUUAGGCUUUUUUUUUUUCCAGUUUCUACUACCACCCUAUGUGUGUUGCUUAAUCUCGAAGUAAAUAUUUUAAUGGAUCUGAUUUUUUGCUCCGCUCUUUGCCAUCUGAUCCACAGAGUAUUUAUCAGUUAGAAGCAAGGGAUUAUGCUCGAUGAUUCCUUGUUCAGAUAUCACUCAGUGGUGUCUGUCCCAUAUGAUAAAGACGUCGCGAAAGUGUGAGCGGCAUGUCAGUCUUCAAACUGCUCGUUACAUUAGCUUUCUCGAAAUCUCCACCUGCUUGAGGUUGGAUCUUUAUUUGCUGAGAUUCUACUUGUUAAGCUGCCAGACUCACACUCACUACUUUCAUACCUGUUUAAUUAGCAAUUUGAAGACCACUGUUACAAAGAAUGAAUUCUUAUAAAACACAUUCAGAAAAUGACAUUGUUGCUACUUUAAACUAGAAUAGCAAACAUUAAAAAUUAAAAAAAAUUAAUGUAACAUCAAAUAAAUUUUUUGCAAUGUUUGAAAAUAUCUACUUUGGAAUAAACUUUAAGGAAACAGUCACAGGAGUUUCUAAAUUUUUUGAAAGGAGGUACCUAUCUAGACUUAGUAAUGUGUACUAUGGUUAAAGCCUGAACUCCUUUACACAGUAGGCGUGGAAAGCUUCUCAAACUGGAGUGGUAAGAAAACCCAGAGACAUUCAUGUAGUUUCAGUGAUCAGAGUAUUAGACCAGACUUUGUUUGCAAUUUGUUCAACAGAGAGAUUUUAUUUUGAUACAAAAUACUAAGCAUAAAGCAUAGUAAGUUUUAUAUAAUUCUAUAAGUUCACUGAACAAUAUAAUGGAAUUUUCAUUAUGUUCUUUGGGAGUUUUUUUUAGCCAUUUCUACACCUCAUAAUAUGAGGUCUCUUCUGUAUUUUAUUUUGCAUACUAGCAUGCAACUGCCUGCCUUAGAACUAUGUAUGGGAGGGGAAACCAAUAUUACUUUAAAUUUUAUUUGGAUUUUUUUGAAGUAAAUUUUUUCCAUUAAUUCUUUUUUUUUUUUUUUUUUUUUCCGCAUUUGAGCAGUCGAGGGCAAGGGGCAAAUUCCAUAGGUUUCAACACAGAAUAGAGGCCACACAGGAAAUUCUGUUUACAAAUCUGUCCUAUUUUAAGAUUCUCAAAUUUUGAACAGGACAGAGCAGUGGUUCUCAAAUGUUAGUUGGUGUCAGACUUACCUGGAGGCCUCGUUAAUGUACAGAUCCUUGGACCCACCCUAGAGUUUCUGAUUCCAGGCCGGAGCCUCAUCAUUUGCAUUUCCAACAAGUUCCCAGGGGACACUGAUGAGAACCCCUGGUCUAGAGAGAGUACGGAGGUCUUUUGAAUCAUGCAUGUAUUUACCCAGUGUGCAAAACUGAUCUCUUGAGACGUUUUUAUAAUUCUGAUGCCAUGUGGGGGGCGUUCAUGGAGAAAGACCUCUGUGGAGUGACAAGCCCUUGGGGUGGCGGCCACCCCCUCCCAGUGCUCACCCCCUUCAAGGUCUGUGAGCACACGCUCUUCCACUUGAGGGGGCAGGAGCUCUUGCCUUUCUAGCGUGAGUUUGCUUUUGUGUGCACUGCUCCCUGGGCUUUGGAGAGCUUAGCGUCAUCUUGAUAGUCUGUCACAUGGAGGUGAGACCCAUGGAAGGAAGCCAUCAGAAUGGCACAAGGAUGCACUUUGCAUUUAUGGAGGCCCAGAGCAUUAGGAGGCCCUGUUCUAAGACGGCAGUGGUAUGGAGCAUGGAGAACGACAGAUAAUCCCUAAAUAAUGUAUUCGUGGUUUUUCUGAGGUGGGCGAUGAGGGAGGCGAGGGCAAAGGAUUUGCUUUUCAAAUUAUGUGUUUCUCAGGUUAACAGUCAUUUUGGAUUCUCUGCCAUGUCGGUAGGUGUUAGGGGCACCUGAAGUGAUGGAUAUGGCAGAAAAUUGAUAAUUGUCUCUGAUUAGUUUGCUACCUUUAGUAGAUUAAAAAAAAAAAACCUAUAAAUGUUUGCAAAAAAGUCUAGGGAAAUCUGCCACCUACACAGCAUGAAUUAUUAAUAUACAUAGGUGCACAUGUAUGAGCAAGUUAUUUUUGAGAAAGAAACUGCCUACAAUAUAAUAAACCUACAGGUCUUUGGAUAUUUUAAAACUUGCGUGUUAUUGUCGUCGUCGUUAAUAUUCCCCCAGAGUGCAGCUCGAGGGGUAUUGGUCUCUGCCUCUGGUUUUUAGUUUGGCUUUGAAUUUACUGAGACACUAGAAAGAGAAAAAGUAUUUUUAAGGUAAUAGAUUAUAGAAUGACUUAGAUGAAGAGCAUAUGAUAAGCGUCAUAGAACACACAGCUUCGGGAUUCUUAAAAUACAGUACUUGCUCCUCCUUGAAAGGCUUGUUGACCUUGGGUGGGGUUGCUUCUCUGUUCAGCACUGGUUACUUUAUCCAAUCCCAACUCGUCCGGAGCUUCCGUUGAUUUACACUUUGCACAAUGCCUUGGAUGCAAAGACCUCUCUGUCUUUCGGUUGGUCAGAGGACUUUUUCGUCUAGAUGGAAGUUACACCUGCAAAUGUUGCUUAACCCCUGCCCCCCCUCCCCCCACCCCGCAGAGGAAGGAUCUUGGAUUUUUCCAUAUCCAGACCAUGCCUGCUUCCUAUAAACCCAUGUGUAUGACAUCGUACUGUAUCCGCUUUCUGUGCCAGUCAUCUGACCUGAUUCUUUGAAACUCAUGAAGGUACUGGUUAUAUGUAGUAGUUGUAUCCUAGAUAAAUAUGGUGAUUGAAAUACCUCUCCUCUAAAUUAUAAAGGUAAUGGGUUUUGCAUUUUCUUAAAGGGUCCUGUUAUUAGUAACACAGGGUUUUUUGUGUUUUUGGUUUUUUGGUUUUUCAAUGCUUCAAAAUUACAAUACUUACCUAAACUUGUUCAACUAACUUCAUAUAAUCAAUGACUUAGCAAAUUCAUACUGGGUCUUAUUUUGGCAAGUCUUCCAAAGGAAGGCUCUAUAAAACUGAGAUAGUCAGUUUCCAUCUCUUAUAAGUACCAAUUGUACAGCCAUCUAAUAAUCAUAAUUUAUGGCAAAAUUAUAACAAAAUUAUUUUUUCUUUGCGGUUAAUGAUACCUCUUCUGAGAGGUUCUAAUACCUAAAGAGUUUCUCCUUAAAAGUAAAAAUGACUUUGUACCAUGUAACAACCCCAAAGCCAUUCUCUAGGGGUUUUAUUUCCUUCUUCUUCUUUUUUGUUCUUUUCUUUUUAAACUUAGUUUUGGAAUUAUUUUAGCCACUUUGGUUCCUUAGGCCAAGUUUUCAAUUGGAGGGUCUAUAGUUUCUACAUUGUGAUCAUUGUCCGUGACGUUCUUUUGUUUUAAAAGAUUCAUGGUAACACAAAAUGUAUUUUACUGCUACAACUAAAAUGUAUUUAUAAUAAAAUGCCUUUGUAAUAA